ACAGUUUCGGAUGUGCAGCGGUCUCCGUUUUGCAAAGUUUGCAAGCUAUGCGCUGGCCCAGAGCCCGACUGGGAGAGCAAAUCUGUGCCCCAGAAUCAAGACAUUGUAGGGAGGCAGAGCCGUGCGUUUAAACCCGCCCUCAAGAGAGAUCUCAUUUCCCCCCAAACCUCCCAUUUUUCUCUCUCUCCUCUCUCUCUCCCUCUCUCUCUCUCCUACUCUCUCUCUCUCUCUUUCUCGCUCAUCCUCCUCUUUACCUCUCUAUUUCUGUUCUUUCGCUGUAUUCCCGACUUCAGAACCAUGGAUCUCUCAACGAGGUGUUUGUUUCUUCUAUUUAGCUUUCGCUUAAUAUUAGCGAUCGAUUUGGACGCUCUGGAACCAAGCUACUAUGUGGAGCCGCAAGCGUCUUCAGAGAUCAUCGACUAUAAGGAUCCAUGUAAAGCGGUGGCCUACCUGGGGGACAUUGCCCUGGACGAGGAGGACAUGCGCAGUUUCAAGGUGGACCGGAUAGUGGACCUGGCCCAAAGGACGGUGACCACGUUCAACCACACGCACUCAGGCCCUCCAGCCAAUGAGAGCGGAUCGGUACCAGACACGCCGGGAUCUCGACGCAGGAAGAGGGCGGCAACCUCACGGGCAGAGAGGGUGUGGCCAGAAGGGGUCAUCCCAUAUGUCAUCAGCGGAAACUUCAGUGGCAGUCAGCGGGCCAUCUUCCGGCAGGCCAUGCGUCACUGGGAGAAGCACACGUGUGUGACCUUCAUCGAGAGGACGCAGGAGGAGAGCUACAUCGUCUUCACCUACCGGCCGUGUGGGUGUUGCUCGUAUGUAGGCAGGCGCGGUGGCGGUCCUCAGGCCAUCUCCAUUGGCAAGAACUGCGACAAGUUCGGUAUCGUGGUGCACGAGCUGGGCCACGUCAUCGGCUUCUGGCACGAGCACACGCGGCCCGACCGGGACGAGCACGUCAGCAUCAUCCGUGACAACAUCCAGCCAGGGCAGGAGUAUAACUUCCUGAAGAUGGAGCCAGGGGAGGUGGAUUCACUGGGGGAGACCUACGACUUCGACAGCAUCAUGCACUACGCCCGCAACACAUUCUCCAGAGGGAUCUUCCUGGACACCAUCCUGCCUCGUUACGACGUGAAUGGCGUACGGCCGCCCAUCGGCCAGAGGACCAGGCUGAGCAAAGGGGACAUCGCCCAGGCCCGCAAACUUUACAAGUGCCCACGAUGUGGCGACAGCCUGCAGGAGAGCAGCGGUAACUUCUCGUCCCCGGGCUUCCCUAACGGCUACUCUGCCUACAUGCACUGCAUCUGGAGGAUAUCAGUCACGCCGGGGGAGAAGAUCAUCCUGAAUUUCACAUCCAUGGACCUGUACAGGAGCCACUUGUGCUGGUACGACCACGUCGAGAUCAGAGACGGAUACUGGAGGAAGGCACCUCUGAAAGGUCGUUUCUGUGGUGACAAGCUGCCAGAGCCGAUCAUCUCCACUGAUAGCAGACUCUGGAUCGAGUUCCGCAGUAGCAGCAACUGGGUGGGCAAGGGCUUCUCAGCCGUCUACGAAGCUAUCUGUGGUGGGGAGGUGAGGAAAGACAAUGGCCAGAUCCAGUCCCCCAACUACCCCGACGACUACCGGCCCAACAAAGUGUGCGUGUGGAAGAUCACUGUUGCCCAGGGAUACCACGUGGGUCUGACCUUCCAGUCCUUUGAGAUCGAGAGGCACGACAGCUGUGCAUAUGACUACCUGGAGGUGCGCGAUGGUAACUCGGAGACCAGCCCGUUGCUGGGGCGUUUCUGCGGUUACGACAAGCCCGACGACCUGAAGACCAGCUCCAACCAGCUGUGGAUGAAGUUUGUGUCGGACGGUUCUGUCAACAAGGCCGGAUUCGCCGCCAACUUCUUCAAAGAGAUGGAUGAGUGUUCCAGACCUGACAAUGGUCGCUGUGAGCAACGCUGUGUCAACACGCUGGGAAGCUACAAGUGUGCCUGCGACGCCGGUUACGAGCUGGCAUCUGACAAGCGCAGCUGUGAAGCUGCGUGCGGAGGCUACAUCACCAAGCUGAAUGGCUCCAUCACGAGCCCCGGCUGGCCUAAGGAGUACCCGCCCAACAAGAACUGCAUCUGGCAGCUGGUGGCCCCCUCGCAGUACCGCAUCACCCUGCUGUUCGACCUCUUCGAGACCGAGGGCAACGACGUGUGCAAGUACGACUACGUGGAAGUGAGAAGCGGCCUCUCCGCAGACUCCAGACUGCACGGCAAGUUCUGUGGUGCUGAGAAGCCUGAGGCCAUCACCUCCCAGUACAACAUCAUGCGCAUCGAGUUCAAGUCGGACAACACCGUCUCCAAGAAGGGCUUCAAAGCACAGUUUUUUGCAGACAAGGACGAAUGCUCGAAGGAGAACGGUGGCUGCCAGCACGAGUGUGUGAACACCUACGGCAGCUACAGCUGUCAGUGCCGCAGCGGCUUCGUACUGCACGAGAACAAGCACGACUGCAAAGAGGCGGGCUGUGAUCACGUGGUGAACAGCGUGAGUGGAACCAUCACCAGCCCCAACUGGCCCGACAAGUACCCCAGCAAGAAGUCCUGCUCCUGGGCACUGUCCACCACGCCAGGCCACCGCAUCAAAAUAGCCUUCAAUGAGAUAGAUAUGGAGCCGCAUGUGGAGUGUGCGUACGACCACAUCGAGGUGUACGACGGCCGGGACGUGAAGGCCGCCAGCCUGGGACGCUACUGCGGCACCAAGAAGCCCCCGCCCAUCGUCUCCAGCGGCAACAAGAUGUUCAUCCGCUUCUUCUCCGAUAACUCAGUGCAGAAGAAGGGCUUCGAGGCCUCCCACACGGCAGAGUGCGGUGGUCAUCUAAAGGCGGAAGUCAAGACCAAGGACCUGUACUCGCACGCCCAGUUCGGGGACAAUAACUAUCCGGGAGCCAGCGACUGCCAGUGGACCAUCUCGGCCGAGAAGGGCUACGGCGUAGAGCUCAUCUUCCAGACCUUCGAGAUCGAGGAGGAGGCCGACUGUGGAUACGACUACAUGGAGCUGUUUGACGGGGCCGACACCAAGUCUCCACGGCUGGGACGCUACUGUGGCUCAGGGCCUCCAGAGGAGAUCUACUCGGCGGGCGACUCAAUCGUGAUCAAGUUCCGCUCGGACGACACCAUCAACAAGAAGGGCUUCCACGUGCGUUACACCAGCACCAAGUUCCAGGACACGCUGCACUCGCGUAAGAAGUGACCAGCGGUGGGGGCCGCCGGGAGAGCGGGGGCGGGGGCCCGCAGCACGCUGGGUGGGGGGCCGCGAGAGAAGCGUAUCAGGGGCCCCCCCAACAACAAGGGCAGGCGGCGACAGCAGCAGCCCCAGACGCCCGUCGCCCGGAGACCCCCGGCCGCCAUCGCCAAGACGACGACAAACAACAACAAUAACAACAACAACAACAACAACAACAAGAGCAGCAUCAACCGCAGAAGCAGCAGCAGCGGCGGCAGCAACCAGACUGGACGGACCAGCAGAAGCAGCAGCAGCCGCAAAAGCAGCGCCAGCCGCACCUCACUAGUUCCCAGGGGCUCUGGCGCCACCUACUGACUAUGAGGAGUAUAAGCCAUUCCACCGUAGACCUUGUUUUUACCUUUUUUAUGGUUAUAAUUGGGUGGGUAUGGUGGGGAGGGGAGGG